AACAGUGAACAGCAAUGGCUCACCGGAAUUGUCCCAUGAACGGAAAGGCGGCCCCCCACAGUGACUUCGAGUCGUACUUUGUGCGGCCGGAUUUGGGUUCCAAGUGCACCUGGAAGCCCGGCACCACCGAAGCCAGCCCCCAUCAGAACCGUGCGCCAGUCUAUCACGCGAAAGCCAUCAACAACAUUUUGGACGCCAUCGGCAACACACCCCUGGUCAAGCUAAAUAAAAUUCCCAAAGAAUUCGGCGUGAAGUGCAAUGUUUACGUCAAAUGCGAAUUCCUCAACCCGGCCGGUUCGGUCAAGGACCGCAUCGGUCUCCGGAUGAUCGAGGAAGCCGAAGAGAAGGGUCUGCUGAAACCGGGCGCAACCAUCGUGGAACCAACUUCCGGAAAUACCGGCAUCGGGCUGGCCCUGGCGGCCGCCGUCAAGGGCUACAAAUGCGUAAUCGUCAUGCCGGAGAAGAUGUCCAACGAAAAGGUCGACACCCUGCAAGCGUUGGGCGCCAAAGUCAUCCGAACACCGAACGAAGCUGGCUUCGAUCAACCGGAAGGGCUGAUUGCCGUUGCCCAGAGACUGCAACGGGAACUGCCCAAUGCCAUCAUCCUCAACCAGUAUACCAAUUCGGGCAAUCCGCUAUCUCACUACGAUGGAACUGCGACUGAAAUCAUCAAACAGCUGGACGGAAAGGUUGAUAUGGUGGUUAUGGGAGCCGGAACCGGAGGAACCGCCACCGGACUGGGUAGGAAGCUGAAAGAACACAACCCGAAAUGCAAGGUGGUAUGUUCGGAUCCGCUGGGAUCGAUCAUGGCCUUUCCGGAAAGUUUGAACAAGACUAGCUGCAAAUUCUGGGAAGUAGAAGGCGUGGGAUACGACUUCAUUCCGACGGUGUGUGACCGCGGUGUGGUGGAUGAGUGGAUCAAGUACAACGAUAAGGAUGCAUUAACCACGGCCCGCAAGCUGAUCGCCGAUGAAGGACUUCUUUGCGGUGGAAGCGCUGGGGGCAAUACCUUUGUUGCAUUACAAGCUGCCAAGCAGCUCAAGGAAGGCCAAAAUGCAGUAGUUAUUCUGCCGGAUAACAUCCGUAACCACCUGACCAAGUUUGUGUCUGACAAUUGGAUGGAAGCGAGAAACUUCAUGGAAUCCGUCAAUGUUCAAAAUCACAAAUGGUGGAAUAACCAGGUAUCAACGCUAGACCUGGCCACGCCGGUCACGAUCACCGUGGACGUUUCGAUCAAUGAAGCCGUAAGAAUCAUGAAGAGCCGCAUGUUCAACCAACUUCCUGUCAUCAAUAACGACGGUUCGAUCCGAGGUGUGGUGUACCUGGCAAAUCUGAUCGGAAAGUUGCUGAACGGUAUGGUUCAACCAACGGAUCCGGUUUACCGUGCCAUCUUCAAGCAGUUUGUCAAAAUUGGCCGCAACUGCACGAUGGGACGAGUUGCUCGCAUUCUGGAGAAGGAUCCGUUCGUUCUGGUGACGGAAUCGAACAUCAUAAAUGGCAACAAGGAACAGACGGAGCUGGUCGUCGGAUUGAUCACCCAGAGGGAUAUUUUGCAUUACAUGACCGAUGUUUGAACACCGGAA